GGCAGAGUGGAGCGUGGUGCGGAGGUUCACACAGCGGGAGGAGGAGGCACACACAAGCCGCUCACAGCUGCAGUCCGCUGGGCUCCAGCCUCGGAUCAUCCCGUCAGUGAAGAUAAGGGACUGAAACACACCAGUUCAAAGAGAGACACAUCGUUUCUUGUCUUUGCGCCUCUCGUUUUGGGAACAAUGAGGACCAUCUUUGUGUGCCUCUGUCUCAGCCUGUCCCUGGAGGCUCUGGUUCUGAGUCCACAGAGGAUGGACGCUGGCGUCCAACAAGGAACAGGAGUACGAAUCUCAGAAGAGGAGCAGCUGAAAAGAGUGAGACGAAGCUGGAAGUGGAACCGGUUUUAUCUGUACGAGGAGUACACGGGCAGCGACUACCAGUACAUCGGCAAGGCAUAAUCCGGACAGCCCUGGGUCCUGAAGACAUGGACCGUGAGCAGAGGGAGCACUACCAGGUGGUGAUUGAAGCUAAAGACAUGGCUGGACAAAGAGGGGGACUCACUGGGACCACCGUGGUUAAUAUCACUCUGACUGAUGUCAACGACAAUCCUCCCCGGUUCACACAGACUUUAUACCAGUUCAGAGUUCCUGAGACCUCCAUGCACGGCACCACGGUGGGAAGACUUCAAGCCACUGAUAGAGACAUUGGGAUAAACGCAGAGAUGAUCUACACCAUCAUCAGCGGAGAUGGAAUGGACGUGUUUGACGUCUCUGCUGACAAAGACACUCAAGAGGGGAUUAUCACUGUGAGCAAGCCUUUGGAUCAUGAGAAGAAACCUUCGUUCAUAUUAGAGGUCCAGGUCCAGAACACCCAGGUGGACCCUCGCUUUACGUCCUCCGGCUCCAAAGACACGGCCACAGUUCGUAUCAGCGUGGAAGACGUGGACGAGCCGCCUCUGUUUGACAAAGUCUCUUACCUGAUGGAGGUGAAGGAAGAUGCUGCCGUGGGCACGGCUGUGGGCUCGGUCAGAGCUACAGACCCCGACAAAGCCCGCAGUGUGGUCCGGUACUCUAUCAACCGACACACCGACAUGGAUCACCUGUUCAACAUCCAUCCGGGGAAUGGCUCAGUGUUCCUGCUCAGAGGUCUGGACAGAGAGGAGUCUGCCUGGCACAAUAUUUCAGUCAUCGCCACAGAAAUCAAUAACCCUCGACAGCGUAGUAAUGUUCCUGUUUACAUCCGUGUGAUCGACAUCAAUGACAACGCUCCAGUCUUUGCCUCUGUGUAUAAAACAUUUGUGUGUGAGAAAACCAGAGCUGGACAGCUGAUCCAGACCGUCAGCGCAACUGAUGCCGAUGAGCCUUUAUCAGGACACAAGUUCUUCUUCAGUUUGGCUCCUGAAGCAAUGUACCGCAGCAACUUCUCUGUUCGAGACAACGGAGACAACACAGCCAGCAUCCUGACCCGCCGGGCCAGCUACAGCCGCCUUCAUCAGCAGGUUUACCUGGUUCCUGUGGUCAUCUCUGACGGUGGCUACCCCAUGCUGAGCAGCACCCAGACCCUCACAGUCAGGGUUUGUUCGUGCAUCCGUGAAGGCAGCGUGGAAACCUGUAACCCAGAGGCUUACAGCAGCUCUCCAGGCCUCGGCACUGGAGCCCUCAUCGCCAUCCUCCUCUGUGCUCUCAUAUUACUGGUGACUUUGAUUCUCUUCAUAACAUUAAAGCGCCAAAGAAAGCAGGAACCUCUGAUUAUCUCCAAAGAAGACGUCCGGGACAACGUGGUGAGCUACAACGAUGAAGGCGGCGGUGAGGAGGACACUCGGGCCUUUGACAUAGGAGCCCUGCAGCACCCAGAUGCUGCCGCUGCCCUGGAGGAGUCUGCUAAACUGAGGCGGGACGUCGUGCCCUGUCACAAGCUGCUGUACCCGCCGCAGCAGCGAGCCGCUCCUGCGGCGGCCCGACUCCUCGUGCCCCCACAGAGCAGGGCUUCAAGACACAACAGAGACAUGUGCGACUUUAUCAACCAGAAGCUUCUGGAGUAUGACCACAACUCAGUGGAUCCUCCGUAUGACUCUCUGGCCACAUACGUAUUUGAGGGGGCAGGAUCGGUGGCAGGGUCGCUCAGCUCGCUGGGCUCAGCCUCCUCCUCAGAGAACGAACAGGACUAUCAUUACCUGGGAGACUGGGGACCCCGGUUCAAGAGGCUGGCCGACCUGUACAGAGCUGAGGACGGGGACUUCUGCUAACGAUGACAACAUGUUAACACAAACUCACAGUCGGGCUCAGGAAACAACCACUGAUAGCAGCAACCUCAAGAACAUCCACCAACCAGAGCUGGAGAACACCUCCUGACUUUGAGCUGCCAAAAAUGGAGCGUACUGUUUUCUUUUGAAAGGAUGGAGAAUGAUAAAGAUCUGUUUUUUUUUCUUUUUUUUUAUUUUUACUGUUUUUACUUUAUUAUCACUUUUACAUGUGUCAGACCAUCAGACAAAGAUAAUCUGUGUAAAUACAAAAUGCAUUUUAAAUGAUUAUUUCAUUUAUAAAAGGGACAUAUCGUGCAAAAUCCACUUUUUUAGCCAUUAAAUGCAUUUUGUUGUAUAGUUGGUGUCUCUAAGAGGCAAAUAAAAUUAAUUUAGUCUCUCCUGGUGCUGCAGAGAUAUAUUUAUGUUCUGUUUGGGUCACAUUUUUCAGCCCGUUCAGUUUUCUCUAUUUUCCGUAUUAUUAUGUCAAAGUAUUUAUAACAACUUCUAAAUAAGGUCUAGACUCACCAACUACAAUUUAGUGGUCUUCAUUGUCCUCUGGUUCUGGGUCAGACUCUGGUUCUGGGUCAGACUCUGGCUCCAGCAUGUAAGGCUGGAUGGACAGGUCUUCCCUUGUUGAGAUCUUCUAAUUCAUUUGUAAAUUAAAUGUUUCUGUUAUUUAGUCCUAAACCCCUCUAUUAAACUAGAACGAACCGGUCUGGAAGCUGGAGGGGUGUAGGGUGUGAAGCACCUCAUUUGGAUUUAAAGAGACAGCCUCAAAAUGAGUUG